UACAUCUGUCGAUGUGGAGGUUGUUAUUAUUUAGAGGAAGAAGAACUGAGGGUGACCAGAUCAUUUCGAACUUUACACUUGCCUUGCGAGAAUUGUUCUUUGAUAGUUCAGCUCAAAUUCAACGAUAUUUCGCACGAUGUUCAAUAAAAUACAGAAUUGUAAUUGUGAAAGAAAGUGCUUUGAUAGAGUGCCAAAAGAUGUUCAAGAAAGAAUAUAUAAAGGUUACAAUUACCUUCCGAAUAAUAAUGAAAAAAAUUUAUAUUUAUACGGUCUGAUUUGUAAAACAAGUGAUAAAGGAGAUCAGCCAAAUUCGCGAGCUUCAUAUCGGUAUUUUGUGAAAGUAAACGGUUUCCAAGUUGAUAUUUGUCAAAAAGCAUUCAUAAACAUUCAUGGAAUAACUCCAGCCAAAGUGAGAACAUUGCUACAAAAAUUAAAUGAAGGUGUAAUUUACCCUAAUGAUCGAAGAGGUGAAGCUCGACGACUGCAGUCAAAUGAGAUCAGUGAAGCUAAUGAACAGGAGAUUGCUAAUCAUAUCAUAAGCGUGGUUCGCAUUGAGGAAGUGUGGGAUCGUAUUAAAAGAGGCGAAAAAAUCAAUAUUACAAGACUGUGGGAAGAUUAUAAAGGAUAUUGUGGCCAAUCUUCUGAUAAUUACCAAGAUUCUCAAAACGAAAUGCGUACCGAGCAGAAUCGAUCUGUUAGUAAAUCUACCUACUCAAUAAUUUUCAAGAGGCUGUAUCCCGAAAUAAUCAACCAGUUGGACGAGAAAAACGAACUGCCGUCCAGUUCGAAAAGAAAAAGUGAUAAGUCAACGUCCAGAAAAAGGAAAGCUGAUGCUGUUGAAACUGGUGAUGAAAAUUUAGAAAUACGUGAAGGUGUUAGCAAAAAGAUAACAGAACUAGCUAGUCAGAUUUCGGAAUCAGAUGCUGAAGAGUUUGCGAAGAAUAAUGACGAAGAAAGUCAAUCUGUGUCAUCUUCACCAGUGAUUUAUUCAUUCCAGCCUAUUCAAGUUGUACACAUGAUUUAAAAUUUCAUGGUUGAAUGUCAUACUAUAAUCAAAAAUGUAAUUCUUAUCUAUGGUCAUCUAGGUAUCGAGUACUAAUUUUAAGAAAAAUAUUAUAAUAUGUCUGCGUGAUUCAUCUUUUUUCAUUAUUGGUAUACUGUUGAAGAAUUUGUAAAACAUUGAACUUGUAUAGUCUUCAUAUUUGCUGUUAACAAAGUAUUCCGGUAUCUUAGAUCAGAAUCAGAUUGUUCAAGAAUUUUGCUGUCUUUUGCGAAUUUUAAUGUAAAAAUUAUACAUUUUUUCUUUUAUUUUUAAA